CUAACGAGGUUUUUUUUUUUUUUUUUUUUUCUCUUCUCGCUGGGAGUAGAACAUAGCAAUGCGAAUUCUUUUUUUUUUUUUUUUUCUUGUUGCUGGAAGAAGAACACAGCGGUGCAAAUUCUUGAUUUUUUUUUUCCUCUUCUUGCUGGAAGUAGCACAUAACAGUGCGAAUUCGUAAUUAUUUUUGUUCUCUUUUUGCUGGUAGUAGAACACAGCAGCUUUAUACGUAAUUUCUAGGAAGAAGAAGAAGAUGGUUCAUGAGUCUGGGCUUUUGUUGCUGCUUCAAUCUAUUUGGGUGUUUAUUGUCUGUCCAUAAACAUUUGCAAAUUCAUAAAAAAAAGUAUAAAAAUUUGGAUGCAUAUGCCAAAAAUCAAUCGGCAUAAAACCAGAGAAAGAGAGAGGAGAAGAGGCGGAGCUAUUGUCAGCUAUCACGUGUGGGGUAUUAGUGGGAGAGGCAAGUAUAUCAUGUUCGCUGCCAGAGAAUGGUGUUUCCAAUUCAUAUUCUCUCUUCUCAGAAAAGGCAGUUGAUGAACUUCUUCAAUCUCCAGUUCAGGGAUUUGAUGAUCACCUUGUAGAGUUCUCAGAAGCCUUGAGAACUGUUGCAAAGGCCUUAAGGUGUGCUGUGGAAAGAAAGGCUUCUGCUCAAGCUGAGGCAGCUGAAUGGAAGCGUAAAUAUGAACUGGAGAGAGCAUGAAAUCUGCAAAUGGAGUGCAAAGAGCAUGGUAUUGAUGUUGAUUAUGCAAGAAUGGGGAACUUGGUCAACCAACCAGUGUGGUGCAGUGAAGCAAAUGAGCAAUUUGGAAAGCGCUGCGGGAGGAAUGGACUUUGCUCGCAUGAAGUUCUUCAAGAUGGGGAAACUGAUUUUGAUUCCAAGAUGGUCAGGAUGGCUUCAUUUGAACUUUCAUGGUGCUGCAAAGGUGAACAAAGUGAUCAGCACAAACAUUACAUUGUCUCUUUUGAAAGAGGGAAUAUAAUAACUGCAGAACGAAGCAGUAAGCAGAUCUCUUUGAGGUGGAAAUCACACCCACAAAUUGUGCUUAUUUUGACCAAACCGAAUUCAAUUUCUGUCCAAGUUCUGUGCAGAAAUGUUCCCCAAUGGUUGAGGGAACAGAAAAAAUUGGACAUAUAUAUUGAGCCACGCAUGCGAGUUGAACUUCUUGCAGGAUCAUCUUACUUCAGUUUUGUACAAACAUGGAAAGAUGAGAAGGAAAUUUUGCUCCUGCAUAUAAAAGUUGACCUUGUGGUAACUCUUGGUGGGGAUGGAACAGUCCUUUGGGCAGCAUCCAUGUUCAAAGGACCAGUUCCUCCCAUCGUCCCAUUUUCUUUAGGGUCUCAUGGCUUUAUGACCCCUUUCCAUAUUCUCCUCCUUGUUUAAAGGCGUCUGUUUCUCUAACAAUUUGAUUAAUGACACAACUUUAUACAACCCACACCUUUUUAUGACAUCUUUCAUAUAAUUGUUGGCUUUCUCCUAUCUGACUGGAAGUUGGUCCUUAAUAUUCUUCAGACUCUGAAAAUUACAGAGAAUGCCUUGACUCUGUUUUUAAGGGUCCAAUUAGUAUCACACUAUGACACCGUUUGCAGUGUCACGUUAUUAGGGAUGGUGCUAAAAAUGAGUAUGAUACUGAAGAACCAAUACUUGUUUUGAAUGAGGUUACAAUUGAUUGUGGAAUAUCAUCAUACCUUACAAAUUUGGAAUGCUAUUGUGACGACUCCUUUGUCACUUCUGUCCAAGGGGAUGGGUUAAUUUUAUCUACAACCUCGGGCAGUACUGCAUAUUUGUUGGCGGCUGGAGGAUCAAUGGUCCAUCCACAGUCCCUGGUAUCCUAAUCUGUCCACAUUCCUUGUCCUUCCGGCCUCUGAUAUUAACUGAGCAUGUGACGCUGCGGGUGCAAGUUCCUUUCAAUAGCAGAGGCCAUGCAUGGGCAUCAUUCGAUGGGAAGGAUGGGAAACAGCUAACUGCAGGAAAUGCUCUUGUGUGCAGCAUGGCGCCUUGGCCUGUGCCCACAGCUUGUCUAGUUGAUUCCACAAGUGAGUUCUUAUGCAGCAUCCAUGAGGACCUCCACUGGAAUCUAAGAAAGACCCAGUCUUUUGAUGGUCCUCGAGAUUCAUAAUUUCCUCUCUCUCCAUUAGUUUAUUACAGAUGAAAGAAAGAAAUUGUAGAUGGUAUUUACUUAUUUUCUGAGACGCACUGCAUAGUGUGAUCGUAGAAGGGGCCUAGGGGGAUGUAACUUAAUUUUUUUUGCUCCUUUUCUUAUUGUUUUAUCCCCCAUAUGAACAGCUGAAUGUCAGCAGGUAAUGAUGAAAAGUAGAAGAUAGAAAGUGUUUGUUAUAGGACCAACGUUUUAAUUGUCAAAGACAAACUUGUAGGGUUUCACUUGUUUACUAUAUGAAUAUAUCUGGGCAUAUAAAAUUGUUGAAGGUUUGCACUA